CCCUCCCCAUUCUCCCGCAUACUAUCACCCCGCCCCAUUCUCUCGCUUUUCAUCACCUCACCCCAUUCUCCCGCUUUCCAUCACCCCGCCCCCUUCUCCCUCCUUCCAUCACCCCGCCCCAUUCUCCCUCCUUCCAUCACCCCGCCCAUUCUCCCACUUUCUAUCAGCCCGCCCCAUUAUCCCGCUUUCCAUCACCCCGGCCCUUUCUCCCGCUUUGCAUCUCCCCGCCCCAUUCUCCCGCUUUCCAUCACCCCGCCCCAUUCUCCCGCUUUCCAUCACCCCGCCCCAUUCUCCCACUUUCCAUCACCCCGCCCCAUUCUCCCUCCUUCCAUCACCCCGCCUCAUUCUACCUCCUUCCAUCACCCUGCCCCAUGCUCCCACUUUCCAUCAUCCUGCCCCAUUCUCCCGCUUUUCAUCACCCCGCCCCGUUCUCCCGCUUUCCAUCACCCCGCCCCAUUCUCCCGCUUUCCAUCACCCCGCCCCAUUCUCCCUCCUUCCAUCACCCCGCCCCAUUCUCCCGCUUUCCAUCACCCCGCCCCAUGCUCCCGCUUUCCAUCACCCCGCCCCAUUCUCCCAUCACCCCGCCCCAUUCUCUCGCUUUCCAUCACCACGCCCCAUUCUCCCGCUUUCCAUCACCCCGCCCCAUUCUCCCGCUUUCCAUCACUCCGCCCCAUUCUCCCGCUUUCCAUCACCCCGCCCCAUUCUCCCGCUUUCCAUCACCCCGCCACAUUCUUCUCCUUCCAUCACCCCGCCUCAUUCUACCUCCUUCCAUCACCCCGCCCCAUUCUCCCGCUUUCCAUCACCCCGCCCCAUUCUCCCGCUUUCCAUCACCCCGCCCCAUUCUCCCGCUUUCCAUCACCACGCCCCAUUCUCCCGCUUUCCAUCACCCCGCCCCAUUCUCCCUCCUUCCAUCACCCUGCCCCAUUCUCCCGCUUUCCGUCACCCCGCCCCAUUCUCCCGCUUUCCAUCACCUCGCCCCAUUCUCCCGCUUUCCAUCACCUUGCCUCAUUCUUCUGCUUUCCAUCAACCCGCCCCAUUCUCCCGCUUUCAAUCACCCCGCCCCAUUCACCCGCAUUCCAUAACCCGCCCCAUUCUCCUGCUUUCCAUCACCCCGCCCCGUUCUCCUGCUUUCCAUCACCCCGCCCCAUCCUCCCGCUUUUCAUCACCCCGCCCCAUUCUCCCGCUUUCCAACACCCCGCCCCAUUCUCCCGCUUUCCAUCACCUCGCCCCAUUCUCCCGCUUUCCAUCACCCCGCCCCAUUCUCCUGCUUUCCAUCACUCCGCCCCAUUCUCCCUCUUUCCAUCAUCCCGCCCCAUUCUCCCGCUUUCCAUCAACCCGCCCCAUUCUCCCUCCUUCCAUCACCCCGCCUGAGUCUCCCUCCUUCCAUCACCCCGCCCCAUUCUCCCGCUUUCCAUCACCCCGCCCCAUUCUCCUGCUUUCCAUCACCCAGCCCCAUUCUCGCGCUUUCCAUCACCCCGCCCCAUUUUCCCGCUUUCCAUCACCCCGCCCCAUUCUCCCGCUUUCCAUCACCCUGCCCCAAUCUCCUGCUUUCCAUCACCCUGCCCCAUUCUCCCUCCUUCCAUCACCCCGCCCCAUUCUCCCUCCUUCCAUCACCCCGCCCCAUUCUCCCACUUUCCAUCGACCCGCCCCAUUCUCCCGCUUUCCAUCACCCCGCCCCAUUCUCCCACUUUCCAUCACCCCGCCCCAUUCUCCCGCUUUCCAUCACCCUGCCCCAUUCUCCCGCUUUCCAUCAGCCCACCCCAUUCUCCCGCUUUCCAUCACCCCGCCCCAUUCUCCCGCUUUCCAUCACCCUGCCCCAUUCUCCCUCCUUCCAUCACCCCGCCUCAUUCUACCUCCUUCCAUCACCCCGCCCCAUUCUCCUGCUUUCCAUCACCUCGCCCAAUUCUCCCGCUUUCCAUCACCCCGCCCCAUUCUUCUGCUUUCUAUCACCCCGCCCCAUUCUCCUGCUUUCCAUCACCCCGCCCCAUUCACCCGCUUUCCAUCACCCGCCCCAUUCUCCCGCUUUCCAUCACCUCGCCCCAUUCUCCUGCUUUCCAUCACCCCGCCCCAUUCUCCCGCUUUUCAUCACCCCGCCCCAUUCUCCCGCUUUCCAUCACCCCGCCCCAUUCUCCCGCUUUCCAUCACUCCGCCCCAUUCUCCCCCUUUCCAUCACCCCGCCCCAUUCUCCCGCUUUCCAUCACCCCGCCCCAUUCUCCCUCCUUCCAUCACCCCGCCUCAUUCUCCCGCUUCCCAUCAUCCCGCCCCAUUCCCCCGCUUUCCAUCACCUCUCCCUCCUUCCAUCACCCCGCCCCAUUCUCCCGAAUUCCAUCACCCCACCCCAUUCUCCCGCUUUCUAUCACCCCACCCCAUUCUCUCGCUUUCCAUCACCCCGCCCCAUUCUCCUGCUUUCCAUCACCCCGCCCCAUUGUCCCGCUUUCCAUCACCCCGCCCCAUUCUCCCACUUUCCAUCACCCCAGCCUAUUCUCCCGCUUUCCAUCUCCCCGCCCCAUACUCCCGCUUUCCAUCACCCUGCCCCAUUCUCCCGCUUUCCAUCACCCCGCCCCAUUCUCCCGCUUUCGAUCGCCCUGCCCCAUUCUCCCUCCUUCCAUCACCCCGCCCCAUUCUCCCGCUUUCCAUCACCCCGCCCCAUUCUCCCGCUUUCCAUCACCCUGCCCCAUUCACCCGCUUUCCAUCACCCCGCCCCAUUCUUUCCAUCACCCCUCCCCAUUCUCCCUCCUUCUAUCACCCCGCCCCAUUCUCCCGCUUUCCAUCACCCGCCCCAUUCUCCCGCUUUCCAUCACCUCGCCCCAUCUCCCGCUUUCCAUCACCCCGCCCUAUUCUUCUGCUUUCCAUCACCCCGCCCCAUUCUCCUGCUUUCCAUCACCCCGCCCCAUUCACCUGCUUUCCAUCACCCGCCCCAUUCUCCUGCUUUCCAUCACCCCACUCCAUUCUGUUAUAG